UAGGGUUUUAGGGCGGGAGGAGCGCGAUGGCGCUCAAGCCGAUCGGCAGCUGGUGCGCGCUUGGAAGCCGGCAUUGCGGUCGAGUUCUAGGAAAAUGGAGGUCUCUCGGCACGGCGAGAGCGAGCUCUAGCGGCAAGCCCUCUCAGAUACCCUCCCUGGUGCGUUACAUCCCCAAGCUAGCUAGAAAAUACGACGGGGAAAUCCUCGAGAACGUUCACUUUCCCCGGACGAUUUCUAGCGGUGAAGACGAUGGUGAAGAAGAGGAAUUUGGGAGUGGAUUCUUUGACAGUGAUUCACAGGCUGGGAAGAAGAAGAGGAAGGGUGCCCGGUUCUAUUUUGAUGACACGGAGAAGCAGCGUAGCGAGCUCGGGUUAGCAUCCUUUAGAAGGAAUGCUAUAGACCUGGAAGAGUUUGAAGAAGGGAGUGAAAGAAACGAUGCGGUGUCUAGCAACGAGAUGAUUUCUACAGAAGAAUCUAGCAGCGAGGAAGAGACUUCCGGGCAACAAGAAAGACUUUCAAGCUUGCAUCGAAUUACUAAGGAGCAGCCACCAAGAACAAAGGAGGUGAAAACUUCGAUAAGAAAAGAGGUUCUUUCAAGCUUGCAACUAGUUCCAGCAUCACGGCUCGUUUCAAGGCCAAGACCGGGACCUUCCACUGCGGUUUUGGAUUCUAAAGCCGCUACGAGUGACGACGACAUUCCUUCACAGUGUCCAGCAAUGCGUUUACUUCCAGCAUCGCAGCUCAAUUUAAAUCCCAGAAGCAUGGAAGAUGAUGAACCGGAGGAGUUUGACGAUGAAGAAGAGGAGGAUGCGUUGUUCGCCCUUGAAGUCCAGAAGCGAAAGACAGAGUUGCCAAGCUUUCCAGACAGCGGUGGAGAGAGAACGGCUGCGAAGAACUAUGCCGUUUUUCUGCUGAGUAAAUGGCAAAGAACCGCUGCGGAGCUCCGGAAGAAACUGAGUGAGAAGAACUACUCUGUCCAAGUAACGGAGAGCACAAUCGCUGCACUGCGAGAAGAAGGAUUGCAGAGCGACACUUCUUUCGCAGAAGUUUUUGCACAGUCGAGGUGGAACACGAGAGGCUGGGGUCCAAAACGGAUAAAACACGAGCUCGUCCGCAAGGGUGUUGACACCGCCAACAUCGAUCGCGCGCUGCAAAAAGUGUUCAAAGCGGACGGGGAUGGAAACAUUGUACAGGACGACGAUGACAUGCAGUGGGGAAUGUCAAAACAAGCCCAGGAGCACAUCUUUGCUCUCUCUGCUCGGAAGUGGAGUAGCGGAGGCAAUAUCUCGGUGCAAGCUCGGAGUCGGAGGCUAGCAGGGUGGCUCCAGCGAAGAGGAUUCAGCUGGAAAGUAAUCAAUGGGAUCAUCCACAUAUUGGAAGGAAAUGGAUCCUUUCAAAAAAGUUUGUAGUGAUAUUCAGAAGAUUGUAUGUAUAUGACUUAGAUUUUUAUUUUUCCAUCACAUAAAAAACAUUAAUUCAACAUAUGUAUUUUCCAAUAA